AUGUCCGAGCCAGCCUUCUCGCCUUCACCUCACCCGGCUGGCGACCGACAGAAAGACCUCAUCGUGGAAGAUGGAAUCGAGGAUCAGAAGCCUCUCAGCCCCGCGAGGAAGCCGGGGUUCUUCUCGCGCGCGAGGAUUCUGGGGCCGGUAGGGAAGGAGCAUGGGGAUCUGGCGUUGUUGGCGUGUUGUCUUGUGACGGGGAUGGUGGAUGCGGCGAGUUUUAUGAAUUGGGAAGUCUUCGUCGCCAUGCAAACAGGCAACACGGUCAUCCUCGGCCUCUCGACAGCAGGCAACCCCUCCAACCCCUACGGCUGGCUGACGACCAUGGUCUCGCUCGCCUCCUUCCUGCUGGGGGCCUUCUUCCUCUUCCGCGCCUCCAACUACCUCUGCCCCAAAGGCCCCUCGUCCAACCGUCUCUGGGCCGGCACCAUCUUCUUCCCCCAGGGCCUGCUCAUCCUCAUCGCCGCGGCGCUCGCCACGCCUUCUGGCUUGAUCCCCCAGGACCCCGCGCCGAUGGGACGACAUCAAGACAAACCCGAGGAGAUCGUUCACAAUAUCCUGAUCGUCGCUCUCUUACCUCCCCUGGCCUUCCAAAGCGGAAUGCAAAUCGCCAGCUCGAGACUAAUGGGCUUCAAUGAGUUGCCUGUGAAUGUCCUCACGUCGACGUAUUGCGACCUGAUGGGUGAUUUCAAACUCUUUGCGUUGAACAACGUGAAGAGGAAUCGACGGGUCGCGGCGGCGGUGCUUCUUUUGAUAGGCUCGAUUUGCAGUGGGUGGUUGAUGAGGAGUCCGGGUGGGUUGGAGAGUGUACUUUGGGUGGCGGCGGGGAUUAAGAUACUGGUUGGGGUGUCGAUGUGGUGUUUUCUGCCGGCUGCUGAAGACAUUUGA